GCUCUCGCAUCCAAAACACUGAUAUUGAGUGUUUCAGGAAAUAAGCAACUACUUUAUUCCAACUCAGCGGCCGAGUAGAGUCUGAGAGGGAGAAAUUAAUAAAGUACCUGGAGUUAUUUCUUCUCUGCAGUAGAAGAAGGAAUCAUGGAAGGUGCACUGGCUGUUAAAACUGUGCUGAUAGUGGUGAUUGUGGCACUCUGUGGAGCUGUGCCCACCACUUCACCCAGCCAAGAAGAGCUCUCUAAAGCCCAGGACUAUCUGUCUCAGUUCUUCUCUGAUGUGGGCGUCAGUGCCCCCAGCAGUGUCUUGCGCAGCUCUCUAGACUCCUUUGAUGACACACUGAAAAAAAUGCAGGAGUUUUUUGGCCUGGAGAUGACAGGGCAGUUGGACUCCAACACCCUGGAAGUGAUGGCUCGCCCCCGCUGUGGUUUCACAGACGUAACCAGAUAUGGCCACUUCAACGGUCAGCCAAAGUGGGACAAGACUGUUCUCACAUACCGGAUAACUGACUACACACCAGACUUGAGUCAAAGUGAUGUGGAUGCCACCAUAGCCAAGGCUCUGAAAAUCUACAGUGAUGUCAUUCCUCUGGAUUUCAAGCAGAUUGACAGCGGCACCGCUGACAUUAUGAUCACAUUCAGGAGUCGAGAGCAUGGAGAUUUUGCUCCAUUUGAUGGGGAGGGUCAGGUCUUGGCCCAUGCAUUCUCCCCUGGAGAGGGCGUUGGAGGUGACGCCCACUUUGAUGAAGAUGAAAACUGGACUCUAACUUCAGCAGGAGCCAACCUGUUCUUGGUGGCAGCCCAUGAGUUUGGCCAUGCAAUGGGACUGGCCCACUCUCAGGUCCAGACAGCCCUGAUGUAUCCCACCUACCAAUAUGUGAACACAGAGGGGUACAUGCUGCCGGAUGACGACAAACAGGGAGUACAAGCGAUCUAUGGAAUCAGAACAACAUCAGCUGAACCUGACCCAAAACCACAACCUAGACCUGACCCAGAUCCUGAACCAAGACCAAACAGGUGCAGCAGAUUCCUGACUUUUGAUGCUGCAACUUCCAUUCGAGGAAAUCUUUACUUCUUUAAAGAUGGAUAUUUCUGGACCCGUAGCCGCUCCUGGGACGGCAUCACUAUGAGGAGAAUUCAGUCUGUCUGGUCUGAAAUCAGCAAAGUUGAUGCUGCUUAUGAGUAUAAGAGAAGCAAUACUGUCAUUUUCUUUGAAGGGGAUCAUUACUGGAAGAUCGUUGGAAACACUCUCCUGCCUGGUUAUCCAAAGCCUCUCACCGACUUUGGCUUCCCUCCAUCCGUCACCAAGGUGGACUCUGCUGUCCAUGUGUCAUUUACAGGCAGAACCCUCCUUUUUGUGAGCAACAAAUACUGGAGCUACAAUGAAAGGAGGGGCAGAAUGGAUGCUGGGUACCCAAAGGUCAUACACACAGAGUUCCCUGGGAUUGGCUACCGGGUGGAUGCUGCUUUUGAGAAUAAAGGGUACCUGUACUUCUCAUAUGGAUCCACGCAGAGAGAGUAUGACUACAAUCGGAGAAGAGCUAUUCGCACUCUGUUAAACUAUAAAUGGAUGGAUUGCAACUAAAGAAUAACCCAAUAACACACACACACACACACACACACACACUACGCAAUGGUUGCAGAGCUUAACUAAGAGGGAACACAUGGUAGGUCUUUAGGAAAAAGCAGGAGUAUUGGCUUGCAUUUAUUCUACAAGUUAAUAGAAAUAUAGUAUAUUUGCUAGUUCAAAAUAAUAUUAGGUUAGGUGAAUUUUUGAAGAAAAAAAAAGAAGCAUACUUCUGCACUCUUGAACAAGUAUGUUUACACUAAACUUAAAUGUCUGUCUGUAUUAGUUGAGUUCAAAUAAAACUGGUACUUGUUUACGUCUUGUUACUACAUUACACUUUUAAGUCUAGUUAACACAUUUGUUAUGGUUUUUGUUAAGUCACAGAAUACGUUAACCUUUUUCCACAUAGCUUUUGCUGAUGCUGCGGUUGCACCCAUUGAUUGAUUGACACACACACACACACAGCUAUAAGCAUGCACAAAGCAAUGGUCUUUCCCAUUAACUCAUCCUGAGUAUCGGUUAUUGUAGCUUUUUUUUUCUGCAAGAAAAUACAUCAUUUGAAGAAGAAAUACAAUAUAAGAUAUAAUAAUGCUGUAGGCAACAACUGCCUGUUUUGUAGCUAAUGGUUUCUCUUGAACAUGCAUCAGUUAAACAUGAUUUAAUCAAGCAUUAAAAAAUGAAAAAAAUAAACAAAUACAAAUGAGUUUAAAAUG